AUGUAUUCGCAAGAGAUUCUGUGUUUUGUGCUUUAUCUACUCGGAGCUCAGAGCUUUUAUUUGUCGGUCUCCAUUACGCGGGAUGAGGAACCAAAUUUGGAUUACAUGAACGGAACGCUUGGUUCUAGCAUUAAGAUGCACUGCAACAGACAGCGCCAAAUUUUAGGGCUUCCUGUUUCCGCUGACGACGCAGUAUACCGUUGGCAUUACGAUCCCAGGAGCAAUGAUUUAAUGUGUGUCUGCACUGUGCACGGUGUAACAGAGAGAAACGGGAGGUUGCUACAGCCUGAUCAACAUUCGCGAGGAAUUGCAGCCAUUCAUUAUGGAAAAUUCAGAGAGUGUACGUCAUAA